AUGCACCCAACACAAGAGGAUACAGUCUUAGUGCUGUUAGACACAGAGGGUCUUGGUGAUGUGGAUAAGGAUGAUGAAGACCGUGACCUGACGAUUUUCACACUUGUCACACUCCUAAGCAGUAUUCUUAUUUACAACAUGGAAGAAAUGUCAAAGAACAUUACGUUUAAUGGAAAAUGCAAUGAUCGAAAUUCACACAUGGUUUUGCCAUCAUUUGCCCUGGUUCUGCGAAAUUUUACAAAGAAAUUGGCAACGAAAGACGGUCCAACAAUCACAGCUGAUGAAUACCUGAAAAUUGCAUUAGAAAACAAAGCAGAGAAAAGGGAAACAUACAACAAGACAAGAGAAAGUAUCAAAGAUUGUUUUCAAACACGUAGAUGCUUUGCAUUGCCACCUCCUGGCGACGUUGACCUUAUUGAAAACCUGGAAAACACUCCACUCUCUGGAACAUGCUCACGGUUCCAAACAACAAUCCGUCAGUUGGUUGAAUACGUUCACAAUGAACAACCAAAACGGCAUGUGGCUAGUAAGCCCAUAAAUGGUUCAGUGUUUGCAAGUCUGGUCGGUGGCUUUGUUGAGAACAUUGCCAAAGAUGGUACUUCUGAUGUUGAUGCUACGUACACAAUGGCAGCAGUGAAAGAAAACGAAACAAUCGGCACAGUUGCGUCAAGUAUAUUUAAAAGGCGUAUGGAAGAUUUAGGAUUGCCAUUUAAAAGACAUAACUAUAUUAGCUAUGCGUUGUUGCGAGAGAUGCAGCGCUUGAACAUGUCUUUCAAAAUGUCAUUAUUGACGAGCUGA